GUCAAAAAGUCAUUAUUUUCUACAUGCAAAGAUUACCAUGGCCAGCAUCACUGUCGGGGUUCUCGCUUUACAGGGCGCCUUCUAUGAGCACAUCCAGCUGCUGAAAAAGGCAGUCUCGGAACAAAGCUCCACGACUCAAUGGGAAUUCAUUGAAGUUCGGACACCGCAGGAGUUGGAUCGGUGUGCUGCGUUGAUUCUUCCUGGAGGCGAGAGCACGACUAUCUCUCUCGUUGCGGCCCGAUCGAACCUCUUGGAGCCUUUGAGGGAUUUUGUGAAGGUCCAUCGGAAACCGACAUGGGGCACCUGUGCCGGGUUGAUCCUGCUCGCCGAAUCUGCUAAUCGAACCAAGAAAGGCGGACAGGAGCUCAUUGGAGGUCUCGACGUUCGCGUAAACAGAAAUCACUUUGGCCGGCAAACGGAGAGUUUCGAGGCGCCCCUAGAUUUGCCGUUCUUGGGUCCGACCGAGCAGUCGUUCCCAGCAGUUUUUAUCCGGGCGCCCGUGGUGGAAAAGAUCCUGCCUCAUCAAGAAGGUAUCCAGGUGGACGAAACACAAAGGGACGAGACGGUGGUGGCGCCUUCGAAACAACCCCAGGGCCAGGCGGCCAAGGCGGCGAUGGCCGACGGCGUUGAAGUACUAGCAAGUCUCCCCGGCAGAGCAGCUAAACUAGCUGCCGCGGGAACGCAUAUCGACGCAGAUAAAGAGACCGGCGACAUCGUCGCAGUCAAGCAGGGUAAUGUAUUCGGGACAAGCUUUCACCCCGAGUUGACAGGUGAUGCCAGAAUACAUUCCUGGUGGUUGCGCCAGGUGGAGGAGUCGGUAAGGAAGAGGAAGGGAAUAUAAAGAGUCAUAGACUUGGCAAUUCUGUAGCAAGGAAUUGUUGAUUGUUGGGUAUCUGGUAGAAUUUUCCUUUCCUUGAACAGCCGGUGCAGUUUACCGGUAUGAUAGAGAUGACCUUCUCGAUAUACAAACGCCUUGUCUGCGCCAAUAGACCACGCAAAUUUAUUUCCC